CGAGUCUGGACCGACCGCGCCGCGCGACUCUCCCGGUUACGCAGCGGUUACUCAAAGACUUGUUGGACUUGAAAGUUUUUCUCCUCGACCUCUUUGGGACGUUACCAACCAUGAACGCAUCUCGAGUGGUGACGAUUUACUUGCUCUUUGUUUUCCUCUGGAAUAUACCAUGUUUUCAGUCCGCUGCUGUUAUUUCUCCUUCCACGCAGAGGAGGAACAAGGGAGGCAGAGCGCCCCAUCCUGACGCGGAGAGAUCAUCCAAGUUGUUACUGCGAGAGAUGUUCUCCUCUUCUCCCGUCACGGACCAUCUCCGUGAAGACUUGAAGUACGCCGUGGUGCCCCACGACUAUAUGAUUUCCAUAUACAGGACCUAUUCCGCCGCGGAGAAACUGGGACUAAACGCCAGCUUCUUCCUCUCCUCUAAAUCUGCCAACACCAUCACAAGUUUUGUGGACCGUGGAGCAGACGAUCCUUUGCACUCUCCUCUGCGACGACAACGCUAUCUGUUUGAUGUCUCGGCACUUUCAGACAAAGAGGAGCUCGUCGGAGCGGAGUUGAGGAUAUUUAGAAAAGCGUCCACGGAAGUCCAGGUCCCAGCGACGGGCCCAUACAACCUCCAGCUGUACCCGUGUCGCUCGGAAAGACCCCUGCACUCCAGAUCCCUGGAUCCGCUGGAUUCCAGAAAACCGGGAUGGGAGGUUAUGGACGUGUGGGACAUGUUUAAAGACCAUCCGCGUUCUGCCACGGGGAAGCCAGCCCCGCUUUGUUUCCACCUCAAGGUCACCCUCGGUCGGUCCGACACGGAGGUGGACCUGCGGCAGCUGGGACUGGACCGGACCGGCCGCCCCCAGCAGGAGAAGGCCAUCCUCGUGGUCUACGCCAGGUCCAAGAAGAGGGAGAAUCUUUUCAAUGAAAUGAAAGAGAAAAUCAAGUCGCGGGGCUCAGGCAAGGAGGAGGAGGAGGAGGACAGGGGCCUCCAGUUAAAAGCCCGCCGCAGACGGAGGACUGCUUUGAAUAACCGCCAUGGGAAGAGACACGGGAAGAAGACGAAAUCGAGAUGCAGCAAAAAGGCGCUGCACGUUAAUUUCAAGGAGCUCGGCUGGGACGACUGGAUCAUCGCACCCUUAGAUUACGAAGCGUACCACUGCGAGGGGGUGUGCGAUUUCCCCCUGAGGUCGCACCUGGAGCCCACCAACCACGCCAUCAUCCAGACCCUCAUGAACUCCAUGGACCCCAACAGCACGCCGCCUAGCUGCUGCGUCCCGACCAAGCUCAGUCCGAUCAGCAUCCUUUACAUCGACUCGGGCAACAACGUGGUGUAUAAGCAGUACGAGGACAUGGUGGUGGAGCAGUGUGGAUGCAGGUAGCUGGUGGGGUCAGAGGUCAACAUCGGUGGAAGAUAGCCCCACGUUAAAUGGCGGUAGAAACAUUUUGUUAAGUUGGCACGCAUGCGCGUUUCCCCACACACAAGUACAGAAAAAAAGCACACCACGAGGCGAUUGUUAUAUAUAAAAAAAGGGAUAGACCUACAAGGCGCCGUUUGCUAUUUAUUCAGACUCACACAUCACAAUCAUUGGAAUGACAUGACACGUCACGACACAUUUUCAACUCGGAAAAAAAGAAACCAUCAACAAUCGGACUUAGUUUCCCCAAUGCCCCCAAGACAUGGAUUUAACGAGGUAGGCCUAUACAAAGAUCGAAAGUAUAGAAAGAGGGACAGAAGGAACAGAAUAGUGGGCCAGGAUCAGAAGGACGUGGGAAUCCGUGGGAGCCUCUCGCCAAUUGGGUUGCGCUACGCGCGCCAACACCGAGUCAGUCCACCACACGUCCUAGGAUUACUGGCCGACUGAGUACAGGUCCGGGCUGAACGAUGCACCUGUUCGUGCCUUCGGUGCCAGAAGAAGCCGGGGUUGGCCUGUUUGUUGCAGCUCUCCCAGUCGACCCUGCGAUGGGACCCAUGGCUUUAACUGCCACGGCCCAGCUGGGGACUGUCCCGCUCGCCCCGAUGUGCCCUCAACCGGCGGGCCCCGAAGGGCCCAGCUCCACAUUCUACUGGACACACACGUUGGAUUGACUCUGAGGAAGAGAAAUAGCGCAGAAUGCCUUGAAGAGAUUCCCCACCCCCCUAUAGGGAUUUAUCAUGAGCUGCCUCCAUCCAGGUUCCCAAUCAACGCCAGGCCCUUUCUGAGGUCUACACAGACGACCGUUAGUCUCGACAAAACGGACACAAACCAUGACGUGCCUACAUUAAAGCGGAAGGGUUGUUGUGAAGACAAAGUACGGGGUGCACCACGCUGCCUUUAGACGUUCCUGAGAAAAACACUUGCUCAGAGUCGGUUUCUAUACUAAAUGCACUUCCACAUCUAACUGCGUUAAAGUCACGCGGUUGUUCCUUUGAAAAGAAUGGCCGAAAGAAAGACUCGAGAGGAGAUGAUAUUUAAAUGCACAUUAGCUUUUAAUGCACUGCUGUUCAUUGUUUUGAGCUGUAAAUAUUUGUAUAGUGAAAAAAACUUUACAAAGUGCAACUAAUGAAGAAAUGAGAAACGUUUCUUUGUAAAUAUAUAGAUGCACUCAAAUUGUUAAAAUGUCUAUUCUAUAAUUAUUUUAUUAUUUGUGGUGUACAGAGUUCCAUGAUAAUCGUAUAUGUCUUACAUUAAUAAGAGUAAUUUAAGGUGUAUUCAAUAUUUUUUUUUGCAGAGGGUGGAAAUACCAUUAUUAAUGUCUACCUCAUAAUCGCAUAGAGGAUCUGAGUUUUGAGGUGCAUUCACCUAAAGUGUAAAGAGUUUUUCGAUGCUAUAUAAAAAAAAUCAUAUAUAUUCCUAUAUUAUUGGAUAACAUUUGACCCCAUUACUGUACAAAUAAAGUCCAAUAUAAAGAGCAAAUCUACCCUCCUUGUUCUUCCCAUCUUAAGCUCCGCCCUCCUUUCUUCAAGCCUCCCAUGUGCUUUGAGCCUCAUGACUGGCAAUACACGUUGUCUACAGACACACAAAAACAUCCGCAGUGUGUGGUUGGUUGGCUAUUACUUAUGGAGCGGAUUUAUUUAAGACCCUGGCCAGUUUCAAUGGAGUGAAAUAAACAUUGUAGAACCAUAACAUUGUCUUUCGAUACUGAAAUCAGAAGCGAAGAAUGUUAUCUUCCAUCAAUGUAUUUGUGGUGAGAAAGAAGUAAUGACUAUUUGCUGUUUUUUUCGUUUUUUUAGUUACUAUGACUGUUAAUAACAAGAUAUGAGAUUCUAUUUGUACAUUGAUCGUUUGUG